AUGGGAUCGUCUUUGGCUGACCUUCCGAAGUCUAAUGUCUUCACAACCAAACUGCCUCCUGACCCUGCUUUCCAGACACCCGAAUCUUCCCAUAACGCGCCGAGGGAGACGCUUGGUCCUCGGUUAGUGAAGGGCGCCCUCUACACUUAUGUUCGUCCCGAGCCGACCGAGGCAACGGAGCUUUUGGGAGUCAGUCCGAAAGCAGUGGCUGACCUCGGGUUAAAGCCGGGAGAAGAACUUACGCCAAAGUUUCAAGCAUUGGUAUCUGGCAACGAAUUUAACUGGAAUGAGGAUACGGGGGGAAUAUAUCCCUGGGCACAGUGCUAUGGAGUCGGAAGCGGUUCAUGGGCAGGCCAGCUUGGUGAUGGACGUGCCAUCAGUUUGUUUGAGUGCAUGAACCAGAAAACCAAUAUUCGAUAUGAAUUGCAGCUUAAAGGAGCUGGGCGUACUCCUUAUUCUCGCUUUGCAGACGGAAAGGCUGUUCUUCGUUCCAGCAUCCGUGAAUAUAUCGUAUCAGAAGCUCUUUCAACACUUGGCAUCCCUACUACUAGAGCCUUAUCAAUCACGCUAUUGCCCAAAUCUAAGGUUUUACGGGAGCGUAUGGAACCCGGUGCCAUAGUGGCUAGGUUCGCCGAGUCCUGGCUUAGAAUUGGAACUUUUGACCUACCGCACGCGCGCGGAGAGAGGGAUUUGGUCCGGAAAUUAGCCACCUUUGCCGCUGAAGAUGUUCUCCAUGGAUGGGAGGCCCUGCCGGCUGCGGUGCCAAUAGGCAAGGAUCAACCUCCUCACAUUGUGGAUAAUCCAGCUAGGGGGGUUCCGUGGAAUGAAAUACAAGAGCAGCAGGGCAUACAAGAGAAUCGAUUUGCAAGGCUGUAUAGGGAGAUUGCGCGGCGGAAUGCUAAAACUGUGGCCGCCUGGCAAGCCUAUGGUUUCAUGAAUGGUGUCCUGAAUACAGACAACACUUCCAUAUAUGGUUUGUCACUCGAUUACGGCCCAUUUGCUUUCAUGGAUAAUUUUGACCCCAACUAUACGCCAAACCACGAUGACCAUCUUCUGAGGUAUUCCUACAAAAACCAGCCAAGUAUCAUUUGGUGGAAUUUAGUCAGACUCGGAGAGUCGUUGGGCGAGCUCAUUGGAGCAGGGGAUACGGUCGACGAAGAUAGUUUUGUGAAAGAGGGAUUGACAGAAGAUUCUGCACCAGCCGUUGUCAAGCGUGCGGAGACCAUUAUCGAGCGAGCGGGCGAUGAGUUCAGGAUAGUAUUCCUGAACGAGUACAAGCACCUGAUGAGCAAACGACUAGGGUUGAAAACUAAAAUGGAAACCGACUUCCAAGUUCUAUUUUCUGAACUACUUGACACAUUGGAGGCCUUGGAACUGGACUUCAAUCACUUUUUCCGACGACUCUCUGAUGUUCCCCUUUCCAGUAUCGAGACCGAACAUCAAAGGAAAGAUGUUGCGUCGGUGUUUUUUCAUGAAGAAGGAUUUGGCGGAAUUGGUUACACCAGCGACUCUGCAAAGGAGCGCAUUGGUAGAUGGCUCGAUAGCUGGAGAUCUCGGAUUCUCGAGGACUGGGGUCCAGAUAGCGACGAAGAGAGACGAAAAGCUAUGAAGGCGGUGAACCCAAAGUUCGUACCACGUAGUUGGAUCCUUGAUGAAGUUAUUGAGCGUGUUGAGCACCGUGGAGAUCAGAAAAUCUUAGGUCGUGUAAUGCAUAUGGCCUUGAAUCCAUUUAAGGAUGAAUGGGGCAUGGACAAGAAUGAAGAGGAGCGCUUCUGUGGUGAUGUUCCUCGGUUUCAACGAGCAAUGACGUGUAGUUGCAGCUCUUGA